AAAAAAAGAAAAGUUGAAGAGAGAAGUUCCAAAUUAGGAGUAUAUAUAUAUGGCACCUGUUUCAUUGCCACCUGGUUUUAGAUUUCAUCCCACUGAUGAAGAACUUGUGGCUUAUUAUUUGAAAAGAAAAAUCAAUGCCAAGAAAAUUGAACUUGACAUCAUUCCUGAAGUUGAUCUUUACAAAUGUGAGCCAUGGGAUUUACCAGGAAAGUCUCUAUUGCCUAGUAAAGAUCUAGAAUGGUAUUUCUUCAGUCCCCGUGACCGUAAAUAUCCAAAUGGAUCAAGGACAAAUCGGGCAACGAAAGCUGGAUACUGGAAGGCGACGGGGAAGGACAGGAAAGUAAAUUCACAGACAAGGGCAGUGGGGAUGAAGAAAACAUUGGUGUAUUAUAGAGGGAGAGCACCUCAUGGAGCUAGAACUGAUUGGGUUAUGCAUGAAUAUCGAUUAGAUGAACGUGAAUGUGAAGUUGCUAAUGGCUUGCAGGAUGCUUAUGCACUUUGCCGAGUAAUAAAGAAGAAUUUGAAUAUCAAUGGUCCAAAAAUAGGGGAGCAGCAGUAUUAUGGUAACGCAGCAACAAGUGAUAGAUCAUCUAGCGUUGAUCAUGUUUACUCUCAUGAUGGGGGAAGAUCAUGUCAUGAUAUGAUGGAAAGUUCUCAUGGAUUAAUGCCGUCAUCAUCAUCAUCCACAAUAUCCAUGGCUGUGCAUGGACGAAGCUCUCCAAUUAAUAAUAAUGUUUCUGCUCCAAGUGAUGGUGAUGAUGAUAAAUGGAUGCAAUAUUUGUCAAAUGAACCUAAUUUUACUAUCAACAACAGUCUGCAGCCCAUUCCAAAUUAUGGAACAUUGCCAUUUCCCCCAUCUAAGGUUGAUAUAGCAUUAGAGUGUGCAAGGUUGCAACACAGAUUCACAUUACCUCCAUUGGAGAUUCAAGACUUCCCUCAAGUUGGCAGCUAUGUUGAUCAUGCAAAGAUGCCUCAAUCAAGUUUUAUCCAUCAAGCUUCACAAAAUCAUCUAAUCAAUCAAGAUUAUACAUCCUGUGCUCCUAAUAUUGAUGAUGACUUCUCUUUCCUAAUUCCUCUUAAUAAUAAUAACCAAAUCCAUCAUCACGGUGAUUUGGGUUCAUUCAAUAUGAUGGAACAAGAUGAGAAUGUAAUUAGGUCCAUUGAUAUUGGAGAUUUUGAUCAUCAUCAAGACUUUAAAUCUGAUAGAAUGGUGGAAAAUUUGAGAUGGAUAGGAAUGUCAAACAGGGAUCUUGAGAAGGCAUUUCUUGAGGACUAUAAAACUGUUCCACUAGAAAAUGUUUCAGCUGUUCACAUAGAAGAGAAUGAGCUUCAAGGUGAAAACAGUGGUCAUAGCAACAGCUUCAUUAAUGGAUUCAAUGAAACAGAAGCAAACAACUUCUCAAUAGGAUUUGACAACUUUUUGGAUAAUGAUGUUUUUUCAAAUUCCCCAAGCUUUGAAGUGUGUGAAAAAGUUGAAGUGAAUCAUGGGUUUUUUAUAGCUACUAGGCAAGCAUCCAAGACAUUUUAUCAUCAAGUGACACCUUCUAGGACACUUAAAAUUCAUAAAAACCUAGUUCCACUCCAUGAUUUUCCCAAAUAUUCAAUUAAUAAUUUUGUCACUAGACCAUGGACAACAACUAUGAGAACUUUGGUUGCAAUUUUACAAACUUUUUGGAUCUAUUUUGGUGAAUGUUUGGAGUUGGAGGCAAAAGGUUUCAAAUUGGAAGACAAGAAGGGUGUUUAUGAAGAAUAUUGCUUAAUAGAGAGGGUGGAGAAGAAGAUCAAGAAAGUUCAAGAUUAUAAAUGGGAUUUUUAUAAGCAAAAUAAAUUCCCAAUUGGUGACAAAGAAGAAAAAGGGAUCAAAUAUUGUUGCAAUGUGGAAAAAAAAUGGCCUAAUUAUCUUACACUUGUAGUUGCUCUUUCUAGCAUUUGGUUGCAUCAUAUUAUUGUCCCUUCAUUUUGACUUCUUUUUUUUUUU